AAGAGAGACUCCCAGGAGACCGGACCCGAUGGCUUCGUGGGAGAGCUCCUGGUGGCCGCUGAUCUGCAUGGUUGUCAUGCACUCUGCCCUCCUACAGACCGCAGCAGAGAAGUCUCCUGGAGCAUAUUUCCUUCCUGAGUUUGCACUUUCCCCUCAGGGAAGUUUCCUCGAAGAUACGACCGGGGAGCAGUUCCUCACCUACCGCUAUGAUGACCAGACCUCAAGAAAUGCUCGGGCCGAGGAAGACAAAGACACCAACUGGGAUGCUUGGGGCAGCUGGAGUGACUGCUCCCGGACUUGUGGGGGAGGGGCAUCAUACUCUCUGCGGAGGUGUCUGACGGGGAGGAAUUGCGAAGGGCAGAAUAUUCGAUACAAGACGUGCAGCAACCAUGACUGCCCUCCUGAUGCAGAAGACUUCAGAGCCCAGCAGUGCUCCGCCUACAAUGACGUCCAGUAUCAGGGGCGUUAUUAUGAAUGGCUUCCACGAUACAACGAUCCUGCUGCCCCCUGUGCGCUCAAGUGUCACGCACGGGGACAGAACUUGGUAGUGGAGCUGGCACCCAAGGUACUGGAUGGAACUCGCUGCAACACGGACUCUCUGGACAUGUGUAUCAGCGGUAUUUGCCAGGCGGUGGGCUGCGACCGGCACCUGGGGAGCGGCGCCCGCGAGGACAGCUGCGGCGUGUGCGCCGGCAAUGGCUCCACCUGCAGGCUCGUGCGGGGACAGUCCAAGGCGCACGUUUCUCCGGAGAAAAGGGAAGAAAAUGUGAUUGCUGUUCCUCUAGGCAGUCGAAGUGUAAGAAUUACACUGAAAGGACCGGCCCAUCUUUUUAUCGAAUCAAAAACACUUCAAGGAAGCAAAAGAGAACACAGCUUUAACAGCCCUGGAGUUUUUGUUGUAGAAAACACCACAGUUGAAUUUCAGAGGGGCUCGGAGAGGCAGACCUUCAAGAUCCCAGGACCUUUGAUGGCUGAUUUCAUUUUCAAGACCAGGUACACGGUGGCCAAGGACAGUGUGGCCCAAUUCUUCUUCUAUCAGCCGAUCAGUCAUCAGUGGAGACAAACCGACUUCUUCCCCUGCACUGUGACAUGUGGAGGAGGCUAUCAGCUCAACUCGGCCGAAUGUGUGGAUAUCCGCUUGAAGAGGGUAGUUCCUGACCAUUACUGCCAUUACUACCCCGAAAAUGUGAAACCCAAGCCCAAACUAAAGGAGUGCAGCAUGGAUCCUUGCCCUUCGAGCGACGGAUUUAAAGAGAUCAUGCCCUACGACCACUUCCAACCUCUCCCUCGCUGGGAACAUAACCCUUGGACUGCGUGCUCGGUGUCCUGCGGGGGCGGGAUUCAGAGGCGGAGCUUCGUGUGUGUGGAGGAGUCCAUGCACGGAGAGAUACUACAGGUAGAGGAGUGGAAGUGCAUGUACGCGCCCAAACCCAAGGUCAUGCAGACCUGCAACCUGUUCGACUGCCCCAAGUGGAUUGCCAUGGAGUGGUCUCAGUGCACGGUGACUUGUGGCCGAGGGUUACGUUACCGCGUCGUUCUGUGUAUCAACCACCGUGGGCAGCACGUUGGUGGCUGCAACCCACAGCUGAAGUUACACAUCAAAGAAGAAUGUAUCAUCCCCAUCCCGUGCUACAAACCGAAAGAAAAAAGCCCAGUGGAAGCUAAGUUACCGUGGCUGAAACAAGCCCAGGAACUAGAAGAGCCCAGAAGAGCAACCGAAGAACCAUCGUUCAUCCCGGAGCCCUGGUCGGCCUGCAGCACCACGUGCGGGCCGGGCGUCCAGGUCCGGGAGGUGAAGUGCCGUGUGCUCCUGACGUUCACGCAGACGGAGACCGAGCUGCCUGAGGAAGAGUGCGAGGGCCCCCAGCUGCCCACCGAGCGGCCCUGCCUCCUCAACCCCUGCGACGAGAGCCCUGCCUCCCGCCAGCCCGACGCCUCUCCCCAGGAGGACAGCACGAUGACCUACCACUGGGAGUACGCUGGCUUCACCCCUUGCACGGCCACAUGCUUGGGAGGCCAUCAAGAAGCGAUAGCCGUGUGCUUGCACACCCAGACCCAGCAGACAGUCAGUGACACCUUGUGUGAUAUGGUCCACCGCCCUCCUCCGAUGAGCCAGGCUUGCAACCCGGAACCCUGCCCACCCAGGUGGCACACCGGCUCCUGGGGGCCCUGCUCGGCUACCUGUGGUGUCGGAAUCCAGACCCGGGAGGUGCACUGCCUCUACCCGGGGGAGUCCCCGGCCCCCCCCGAGGAAUGCAGGGAUGAGAAGCCCCACGCUUUACGAGCCUGCAGUCAGUUUGAUUGCCCUCCUAGCUGGCACAUCGAGGAAUGGCAGCAGUGUUCCAGGACCUGUGGCGGGGGGACUCAGAACCGAAGAGUCGCCUGCCGGCAGCUGUUAACGGACGGCGGCUUCUUGAAUCUCUCCGAUGAGUUGUGCCAAGGACCCAAGGCGUCUUCUCACAAGUCCUGCGCCCGAACAGACUGUCCUCCACAUUUAACGGUGGGAGACUGGUCGAAGUGUUCCGUCAGCUGUGGCGUUGGAACCCAGCGAAGAAAGCAGGUGUGUCAGAGGCUGACCGCCAAGGGCCGGCGCGUCCCCCUCAGCGAGGUGAUGUGCAGAGAUCUCCCAGGGCCCCCUCUCGUAAGAUCUUGCCAGAUGCCUGCCUGCAGUAAAAUGAAACCAGAGGUGGAGACAAAACCUGGUGAGCAGGGGCCCCAGAUCCUCGGUGUCCAGAGAGUCUAUAUUCAGACGAGGGAGGAGAAGCGCAUUAACCUGACCGUUGGGAGCAGGGCCUACUUGCUGCCCAACACGUCUGUGAUUAUUAAAUGCCCAGUACGACGAUUCCAGAAAUCUCUGAUCCAGUGGGAGAAGGAUGGCCGUUGUCUGCAGAACUCCAAGCGGCUCGGCAUCACCAAGUCAGGCUCACUAAAAAUCCACAGCCUCGCGGCCCCUGACAUCGGCAUGUACCAGUGCAUCGCGGGUCCUGUCCGAGAAACCAUUGUUCUGAAGGUCAUCGGUGCCGACAACAGGCUGGUGGCGCCCCCGGCCCUCGGAGGGCAUGUGAGGGACCAGUCUGGGACGGACCACAACGACGCCAAUAGCUUGGGCGCCACCUGGCAGAAAAUGAGGCAAUUGUGGGGUCACACAAAUGAGCCUUAUCCGGACAACGGCCAAGCUGAUAACCAGCCUUUCCUGAGAGCGCUGUUGGGCCACUGUGGCACUUCUGCGGGGAACCGCCACUCCUGGGAGUUUAAGGAUAAGCAGCUUGAAGCGGCCGUUAAGCAGGGAGCAUACAGCAUGGAGACCGCCCAGUUUGACGAACUGAUAAGGAACAUGAGUCAGCUCAUGGAAACCGAGGAGGUCAGUGGUGACCUUGCGUCCCAGGUGAUCUAUCAGCUGGUGGCCGAGCUCGCUAAGGCACAGCCAGGGCAUCCGCCAUGGAGGGGCGUCCAGGAAGGGGUGCCUCCCGCAGCUCAGCUAAGGGGGACAACAGGAAGUGUGCCCCAAGGCUCGAAUGCAGGAAACUCAGGCAAGCUGACAUUCCAGCCAAAGGGACCUGUCCUCCUGAGGCAAAGGCAGCCCACCUCGGUUUCAUUUAAUAAAACGGUAAACUCGAGGAUUGGAAAUACAGUAUACAUUACAAAAAGGACGGAGGUCAUCAACAUCCUGUGUGAGCCCGUCACCCCCACUCAGGCCACAUAUACAUGGACCAAGGAUGGGGCGUUGUUAAAACCCUCAGAAAAGAUCAUCUUGGAUGGAAUGGGGAAAAUGCAGAUACGGAACCCGACAAAGAAAGAACAAGGGAUGUAUGGAUGCUCCGUAGCUGAUCGUCUGGGUUCCGACGUGGAGAGGUCUUCUGUGUUAUAUGCAGAGGCGCCUGCCAUCUUGGCUAUUGCGAGAAAUACCAGCAGACGGGAGCACGGCCAUCUGUCCGUUGUGGUUGGAGGCACCGUAGAGGCACCCCUGCAAGCAAACGUGACAAUCCGCUGUCCUGUGAAAGGUGUCCCUCAGCCUAAUAUAACUUGGUUGAAGAGAGGAGGACCUCUGAGUGACAAUAUUUCCUUGCUUUUCAAUGGAUCCCUGUUGUUGCAGAACGUUUCCCUUGAAAAUGAAGGAACCUAUGUCUGCACAGCCACCAAUGCUCUAGGAAAAGCUACGGCAGCAUCUACACUCCACCUGCUGGAACAAAGACGGUUGGACAGUAAACGUGGAUUUCCCAAGGACCAGAAAAAGCCUAGGCUCCAGGCAUCUGACACAGAAACCAGCAGCAGUGACCCAACGGGAGAAGCCCUACCUUCAGAGCCUUUUUGGGAGCUCGGUAACUGGACACAUUGUUCCGCCAGCUGCGGGCACUUGGGAGCCCGAGUUCGGAGACCCCGGUGUGUGACGGCCAACGGGCAGGAAGUGAGUGAGGCCCUUUGCCAUCACCUCCAGAAGCCGCUGGCUGGGUUUCAGCCCUGUAACAUCCGGGACUGCCCCUCGAGGUGGCUCACAGGUGCCUGGUCGGAGUGCUCUGUGUCUUGUGGGGAAGGAUUCCGCAGUCGCCAAGUGACGUGCGUGCACACCAGAGCCAACGGAGCCACGCAGGUGACGUCUCCGAGGGCCUGCGCUCCCAAAGACAGGCCUCUGGGAGGAAGGCCAUGCUCCAGUCACCCGUGCGGCCAGUGGGUCGUUGGACCGGGGGGCCAGUGCCCUGCGCGUUGCCUGGGUCGCACAGCGAGGAUGCCACAGCAUCGCGCAGCUUGUCAAGGCCACAACAGCUCUGACUCGGGCUGUGACGACAGAAGCAGACCCACCUUGAAGGGGAACUGCUCGUCCGGGGCGUGUGACGCGUGCUGGCGCCCCGGCCCCUGGAGGCCCUGCACGGCGGCCUGCGGCAGGGGCUUCCAGUCCCGGAGGGUCGACUGCGUCCACACCAGGAGCUGCUGGCCCGUGGCUGAGAGACACUGCGUGCAGAAAAAGAAACCGGCUUCCUGGCGGCACUGUGUGGGGCCUUCCUGCCAUAGAGCCUGCAUGGACACCACACACUACUGUAUGUUUGUAAAGCAUCUCAACUUGUGUUCGCUCGAUGUCUACAAACAAAGGUGCUGCUGGACGUGUCUGGAAGGGUAAACCUGUGGAAGGGUCGUAGCGCUGCUGUGAAGAAGAGACCAGAAGUGUAGAAGCUCUUUCCCCCACGUAGCUGGUUCAAAAACAUGUUAUUUCUUUUAAAAAAAAAAACCAAAAAACA